GCUCUGAAGAGUUAGGAAGUGGAAGCUAUGGGCAUCAGUAUAUCACAGACACAGUGACUGGUGAUGAUGAUGGAUUUGAUAUUGAUGACUCAGACUACGACAUUUACACAGAAGAGCUCAGACCACUUCCUACUAUCAAAGGAGGCAACAGAAAAUUUCUGGUCGAAACUAAGGUCAGGCCAGGGUCUAGUCCCAGGCUCCUAUCACAGGUCCUUACAACCACUUCUGAACCCACUACUUCCACUCCCACCACCACACGGCCUUCAGCCACAGCAAGGGCGACUACAGCUAGGGCAACAAGGAGGGGCGGCACAUCUUCUGCAACGCACUUUUUUGAUCUCUCCUGCAAUGAGACCAUCGUCAACGACUAUGACCAGGGUGGCUCACGCUGCCACUGCAACUUGGGAAAAGGAGGAGAGACAUGCGCGGAAGAUAUUAUUAUCCAGUAUCCUCAGUUCUCUGGCUACUCAUACAUCACCUUUGAACCACUGAAAAACUCCUAUCAGACAUUUCAAAUUACCCUUGAAUUCAGGGCUGAAUCAGAAGAUGGUUUGCUGCUAUACUGUGGAGAAAAUGAACACGGUCAUGGUGAUUUUAUGUCACUAGCAAUCAUCCAACAUAGCAUCCAGUUCAGGUUCAGCUGUGGCACUGGAGUUGCAGUCAUAAUGAAUGAAAACAAAAUCAAGCUGGGGAACUGGCACAGCGUCACGUUUUUCAAAGAUGGGAUGAACAGCUGGCUCAGGAUGGACAAUGACACUCCAGUCACAGGAAAAUCUCGGCUUGACCAGAGAAUCAAAUACAAGUUUUCAUUGCUCCUGGAGGAAAGGCUGAGUGAAGAACCUGUCAGUCUGAGUCAAUGGCAUGAGUUGUGAGUGUCUCGCACAGCAAAGAAUGGUAUCCUACAAGUGGACAAACAAAAACCAGUGGAAGGGAUGGCAGAGGGGGUUCUCACACAGAUUAAGUGCAGCUCUGAAAUAUUUAUUGGUGGAAUCCCUAGUCAUGAUGCUGUGAGGAAGAAUUCUGGGAUCCUCAGGCUCUUCAAUGGGAGCAUCCAGAAGAUUAUCUUGAAUGACCGGAGAAUUGAUGUGAAACAUGAUUUCACUUUUGGAGUCAACCUAGCAAAUGCUGCCCACCCCUGUGUGAGCUCACCAUGUGCAAAUGGAGGCAUCUGUGUUCCCAAGAAGGACAGCUACAAAUGUGACUGUCCCCUGGGGUUCAAUGGGCAACAUUGCCAAAAAGAAUGUGGAAGUUACUGCCUAAACACCAUUACAGAAGCAAUUGAAAUCCCACAAUUUAUUGGUUGCAGUUACCUUACAUAUGAUAAUCCAGAUAUACUGAAAAGGGUAUCAGGAUCAAGAAUGAAUGUGUUCAUGAGGUUUAAAACCACAAUGAAGGAAGGUCUUUUGAUGUAGGGAGACAGUCCCAUGCAACCUAACAGUGAUUUCAUUUCUCUAGGCCUUCAAGAAGGAACAUUAAUAUUCAGCUACAAUUUGGGCAGCGGUAUUGCUUCCAUAAUGGUGAAUGGCUCUUUCAGCGAUGGCCGGUGGCACAGAGUCAAGGCUGUUCGGGAUGGACAGUCUGGCAAAGUAACCAUGGAUGAUAAUGGUGCCAGAACCGGAAAAUCCCCUGGAAAGAUGAGGCAGUUAAACAUCAGUGGAGAUCUCUAUGUAGGUGGCAUGAAGGAAAUAGCCCUGCACACGAACAGGCAGUACAUGCGGGACCUGGUGGGGUGCAUCUCCCACCUCACACUUUCAACCAAUUACUACAUCUCGCCGGUGGAGGAUGCUGCCAACGGGAAGAACAUCAACACGUAUAGGACCAAGUGA